AUGGUAACAUCAUCCUUGAAGGCGGCAGGCCUUAGGCUCUUAGGACCGGGUGAUCUUUUUGUUUGGUCAACUACAACAAUCGCGGAAAUUGCCAAAUGUCACUUUCAUACGCAAACUGUAAAAAGAUGGGAAGAAGGGCAAGGAUGUAGACUUGCUAGAGUAACACUAAGGAAUCUUGAAAAGUUAACAUCAAAGAAGUACUUGGGAAUAACCAGGAAAAACCUACACUUGACAGGUAGGGAAUUUGGAUUUAUUAUAACCGAUGUAAGGCACGUGAAUGACGACGAUGACGACGGAUACUAUUUAGGUUCAAAUGACGAGUUCGAUUUCGGUGAAGAAGAAUACCUUGAAGUUGAAGAAGAAACAGACUCUAAUCCACCAGUAGAUGACCAUGAAGAGUCACAAAGUCCUUCCAUCAUCUACAGCAUGUCUGAAGAUGAAUAUGACUAUAAUGUAGAACUAGACGAUCCUGAUGAGUCACGCAGUCCUUCUAUGUACACCAUGUCUGAUGAUGAUUAUUAUGAUUAUGAUGUAGUACUAGGUGAGCCUGUAGCAUCACGCAGUCCUUCUGUUUUUACCAUGUCUGAGGAUGACGAUUGUGAUGUUCCGUCUGACUGUUUUAGUUAUGGUUCAGAAGAAAUCCUUCAUACAGAAGAAAUCCCUCAUACAAAAGAAGAUAGUAGUCCCAAAGUAGCAGAGUCAAAUUCCAGCAUCGAGCCAACCGACUGUUAAGGUUUCAGGCAUAUUAUGUUUCUCUCAAUUUUUUAUGUGGUCUUUUAGUCCAAUUACUGAGGCUUAAAAUAUGGUAAUACCUCCG